AUGAACCAGUCCAGCUUGAGCAAGCUUACCAUUGUCGCCGUCGGCAAUCAGCUGGUCAUGGUCAUUCAGACCUUCUCUACGAUCUCCAAGCUGCGUAUUGCGUGGCCGGAGCCUGUAAAAUCCUUGAUUGAGCUUGCGGACCUCAUCAUGAUGAUCAACCUGGAUUUUGUGAAAAUUGCUUGCGUGAGCCAACGUGACCACCCCGUUGUCAAGCUAUUGGGCCAGCUUUUGGCAUUUCCAGCCCUGGCCUUUGGGCUGUGCAGCAUUUGGUUGAUCCAGAAAUACUUGAGGCGGAGCAUGCCAUUGGAUCACCUCAUCAACGUGCUUGGCUUUAUUCUCUUCGCUUUCUUCUUGAGCCUGACACUUGCGUCUCUGCUGCCGUUCCAAUGCAUCGCGAACCCGAACGGUACCAGCUCAAUGGCAAACAAUCCGGGAGUCUUGUGCUACCAGACGCCGGACCACAUGGUGCUCGUUGUGGUUGCGGGUUGCGGAAUCCUUUUCUACCCGGUGGGUAUCAUCGCCUGGGCUGCCUGGACCACAUACCUCUAUCCAUCUUGGGCGGCCACAGGAAAGGGCCUCACACUGCUCUACCGCUAUCGCUGCUUCUUCCAACGCUUCACUCCUCAGUGCUACUUCUUCGGCCUGUUCAUUCUGUUGCGGAAUUUCUUUUUGGCGCUGUCUCCAAUCAUUCUUGUCCCCAUUCCAGCCCUACAGAUUGUAACAGUUGGCACGAUGUUGCUGAUCAGCAUGGCGCUGCAGAUACGGUUGUGGCCGUGGCGUACACACGUGGCUAACUUGGCCGAUCUCCUCAUGAUGCAGUUUGUCAUCGUCGUCCUUCUGGGCGUCUCGCCUCUUCUGGACAUUGACAAAGCCGCAGCCACCACGCUGCUCGGGACAUUGCUUUGUGUUCCUGUGUUGGCUCCGCUGGUCAUUGGCCUUGUCGUCGUGAUUUGGAUGGGGUGGCGAUCCGUAGAGAAAAAGGUCCGCUAUGACGUCUUCCUCUGCCAUCAUAAAGGUGGUGCUGGAGCACUCGCACGCUACAUCAAACUCAAGCUUACAACGCACGCGGCAUGCAACGUCUUCUUGGAUGCCGACUGCCUGGAGAGCCUGGAUGGUCUCUUUGACAUUGUGAGAGACCAGACCAAGAGUUUCGUGGUCAUCUUGACCCAGGAGACGCUGUGGGAAGACGUGGAUUGCAAGUCAAAGCUUGUGCCGUGGCUUGUUCAACCUGAUGCCGCCCUCUCAUCCAAACACAUUUGCCAUCACUGGACUGGCAACAUCACCUACAACGUAUUGUCAUCAUUGGUAGCGUCGAGGAAUGCAAUUCGGACUGUUCCAGCCCCUUGGAUUUUGCAAGACUCUGGGCAAGUCGAGAGUGCGCUUAGCGUUUGUGUUGUGAAGUGUGAUGGCUUCGUUGGCUACACUGCAAGCCAGAUUGAUGCCGUGCCACAGCUUUGGUCUGCUGAUCAACAACACGCCCUUGGCUGCAACUGGGCUGACUUGGAUUUUCUUCGAGUUUUCUUGGGCCACGGCAUCAGCGCAUCUGAUGUCAUUGAAGCAUACAAAGUCUUGCUGGCGCUUCAUUGUGUCGACAUGCCACGCUUUGGUAAAGACGAUGAGAAGCAUGCCUGCAUCGAGAAGAUCGUGGUGAGAUGCGGGCUGUCACGUAAAACUUUCAGUGAAGAGAUCGGCGUGACGGCCAAGGCCAGGAUCCUAAUGACUGGAGCCGUGGCCGAUGCGGAAGCCCUGACUGUCAUUGAGAUAUGCCAGCACAUGGUGCAGAACCGCCUGCAAGUGACCUGUGCACUUGUUCGGACGGAGCUCGAGGUUCGCUCAAUGAUGUCCUAUGCAUCAUACUUGGUGGUGCUGCUGUCACGUGGAAUGCUCCGCGACCCGUCGUUUGCCCGCCUUCUGCUGGCCGCGACAUCAUCACCUAAUUUCAGCAGCUCUGGGGUCAAUUCCAGGACAGCUCACCCGGCCCUUUGGAUCCCAUUCUUGCAUGUUUCUUCAUGCACGGUACACCAUAUCCGUCAUCCGGAUAGAUGCGAGAAAAGCGAGGCGAGAGUUGGCGAGGGAGAGCGAGAUCAACAGAGAAAGAGAGAGAGAGUUCUAAAAGAGAAAGAAAGAGCCAUUUUGGCUCAAGUCUCCUGCCUCGUCUUCUCCCCCUUUGGGGAAGGGCGGCUGGGCGCCGGCCUGCCUUCCUCCUGGAGGGUUAGCUCUGGAGGGAGCAGGUGGACGUGCGUCUCAGCAGGGGGGUGGUGGGGGGGCGGCUUGAGUCGCAUACCGCGACAUUUGGAGAUGAAGCCCAUCAGACGAGCAGGAGUCGCAGCUUGUGGCGGCCUUGCAUCGAAUCCCUUGACUGGGUCGGUUGGCGCCCUAAACUCGUUAGGCUUGUUGCUGUUAGGCGAGCAAACUUGGGCAUAG